CAGAAACCAAAGCUCGCCGCAGUCUGUCGCUUGAUUCCCACCCUAUCCCGGGACACGAGGUCUUAAUUCCUUCACUUGUGCUUUUCACUCUUUAGCGUCAAUUCCUCCUAUCUCGCUUGCUUGCUUUUGACCCGUCACGAUGUCUGACUACGGUGACCACGAAGCUGAAGAAAACUACGACUACGAGCCUGAGCAGGAGUACGACGAUAAUGAGCCCGAGGACUUUCUAAACCCUGAGGAUGUCGAAGGAGAAGGCGGAGCAGAUGGAUACAAUGACGACUCAUACGCGCCUGCGGUGAACGGCGACCGAAUUGUCGUUUCAGGCGACCCCAGUGCAGGUCAUUCGGGCAAGGUGGUCGAACAAGCCCGGGCGAAGAAAAUCCCUAACGACCAGCGCACAACAACCCCAUACAUGACCAAAUACGAGAAGGCUCGUGUCUUGGGAACAAGGGCCCUGCAGAUCAGUAUGAAUGCGCCAGUGCUUGUGGAUCUCGAGGGCGAAACGGAUCCCUUGCAAAUCGCGAUCAAGGAGCUGAAUCAGAAGAAGAUUCCUUUGAUUGUGAGGAGAUACUUGCCGGAUGGAACUUAUGAGGAUUGGACAUGUGAAGAACUUCUCUAAAUUUAAUGAUGAUUUGUAUAUUAAACCGGGUUCCUUUUUACUGUGUAUCUUUUCUGAACCUUCUUUUUUUUUUUUCAAUCCCGCAUAGCGUUUGGAGUUCAGGAGUAGGAUAUGGACAGUGGCUUAACCUGCGUCGUCCUUGGAACGAGGAAGCAAACUGUACCAAAAA